AGAUAGUUUAUUAAAGCAGUAUUCGAUGACAGAUCGUAAGAAAUAAACGUAACCAUGGAUUCAUGGGAAAUAAAUUUUCUAAGUGAUUCUAAUGAAAAUGAUACGGUAAUAACAACAGAUGGUACGGUUUAUAACCCUCCAACUUACGAAGUCGAAGCGGAACUACAAACCCCGUUAGAGCCAUCAGAAAUACAUCCAGACAAUAUUAUUUAUCCUAAUACCAUUUGGCAUAACGCUAAGCCGCUAAAUAAAUUUGCGAAAACAUACGAAUUAGAGAAAUUCGAGAAGAAUUUGUUAAUAAUAUUCAAUCAAGAAAACAUAAUUGGCUAUGAACCUAGAUUGGGCACGGAAAAGGAUGUCAGUGCUUUGAUAAAUACAUUUUCACAAUUUGGCUUUGAAAUUGAAACAUAUAAAGAUAAAACGAAAAGUUUUGUGCUGGGUGUAUUAAGAAACUUCAAAUACAGAAAUUUCUCCGACUAUGGGUGCGUAACGGUGGUUGUACUGACACAUGGGACGACAAACGGCUUAAUACGAGCGAAAGAUCAAUUUUACAAGGAGUUUGAUGUAAUAGACGCAUUCAAAACGUAUGACAAUCCGUCUUUGGUCACAAAACCUAAACUUCUAUUUAUACAGGCUUGUCGUGGUAAGCAGUCCGUUAAAGGAGUCAAUGUUGGUACUUUAACAACCCUCUCGAUAAAAAAAGAUGAAUGCCAUAUCGAACCAUAUACCUUGCCAGCUGAGUCGGAUAUGUACGUUCUUCACAGUUCAUACAUGGGCAAACCUUCACAUAGAGACGAAUUCAACGGUACAUGGUUGAUUCAGACAUUGUGUAAAAAGAUAAAUGAAUUGGCGCCAACCCACGACUUGGCCAGUAUAGUCACUGAGGUGAAGCAAGAAGUGGCAAUCGAUUUGUGCUUCGAAGAAUAUAACACUGAAACAUUAGAAAUGGAGACGAACACACAAGUCCCUGUGGACACGUCGACGCUAAUUCGGAAGUUGUAUUUCCGGAAGUAUGGGGAAUCUGUAUCGUAUACCGACUCGUGUGAAGAAAGAAGAGAUUCGACCACGCCUAUAUUGGAAUUUGGGCCUUGUGUCUGCUUCUUAGACUACUUCGCGUAUAUAAGGGAAUGUUUAAGAUUAUAUUUAGAACACAAUCCAGACGAUGCAAUAGCGCAGUACUUCAUCGAAGCGUCAGAAACCAUAGACAGUUCCGAGAUGAGUGGUUCCAAAGAUAAAAUGACUAAUGCAAUUGUUAAUUACUUACGUAAUCAUGCUAAGCAAUUUGAUUUUUACAAAUAUAUGUAUUUUAAAAAAUGAUUCAUAAUAUUUUACUUAAAACCUUAUUAUCUGGCCAAAAAUGCUCCGACGAAGAAUGUUAAAAAAUAAGUAAUUUUAAUUUAUAGGUUAGAAUUAAAAACUUUAAAUUGUUGAUUAUCUGUUAUUUGUUACGUUAACGUUUUAUUGAUUUUUUGAUUGUUAGUCUGUUGAAAACGGCGCGAGUUUUGGUUUGUCAUUUGAAUUUUUCAGAAAAAAUUUUUACAGAAAAUUUUGGAUUUUCAGUAGGAGUUAGAUUAAAAUUGAUCUGAAAAUCUUUUAUGAAAUAACAAACUAAAUAUAGUUUGCAUUA